UCGCCUCCGGUCAGGUGCGCCACCAAAAGGCCAAAAACCCUGCAAAUGCAGUUGGCCUGUUCUUAAAUCCCUUGCCCCUCUCGGCGAUUCCGCUCCUUGCCACCGCAAAUCCGGCCAAGGGAGCCUUGUCCGACGCGAUUGAUCCACUCCGAGGCUCUCGGCGUCCCAUUUGAUCCAUUUCUGGUCCGGGUUGUGGGCAGGAAAACUGAAUCUCUGAUCCGACAAUGGAUCUCGACAUGGACGACUACAUAGACCCCUACGAGGAGGCCGAGGCCGAGGCCGCCGCAGAAGCCGCCGGCGUGACCGGCCCAGUCGCCGCAUCCGCGGAAGAGGAGUCGGACGGCGAGGACGACUCGGAGGCCGAGAGCGACUACGAGGAGAAGUCCUACGGCCUUCUCAAGUCCGGCAACCACCGGGUGCGCAACCCGGACGGUACCUUCCGCUGCCCCUUCUGCCCCGGCAAGAAGAAGCAGGACUACAAGCUCAAGGACCUCCUCCAGCACGCCGACGGCAUCGGCGUCUCCAGCAAGCACCGCCGCCACGGACGGGAGCGUGCCUUCCACCGUGCUUUUGCCCGCUUUGUCCGCGCCGACCCAUCCUUUGCGCAGGAGCUCUCCACUAUCGUUGGGAUUCCGGGUGCCACUGUCACUCCCACUGCUAAUGCAGAUGCCACUGACAAAGGAAAGGCCAUUUCCAAUGGCCACACCAGUGGAUCCACUCCUGUGGCAGUGGCUGAGGGACCACCACAGGGUGGCGAAGAGAAGUUUGCUUGGCCAUGGUGUGGAAUUCUUGCAGCCGGUGCAGGGUUCAAUGCUGAAAACUUUGCAGAUAGAGUGGCCAUGUUUAGCCCAGAAGACAUUGUGCCUUUAGUUUUCGAUGAUACAGAAAUGUCGGAGUGCUUUGCAAUUGUGCGGUUUAGUCCUGGCUGGGGUGGAUUUAGUGACGCUCUCGCACUUGAAAACCAAUUCAGUGUGAAUAAGCUUGGGAAGAAUGAAUGGGAAGCAAGGAGCAGUUGUGGUGGUGCUGUCGACGGAGAGGAGAACGUGAUUGGUGAGGUCAAGGUUUAUGGUUGGGUUGCCCGAGAGGUGGACUACACUGCUGGGGGUCUGGUGGGAAGAUACUUGAGGAAGCAUACCGACAUUAAGACCAUAGAUGAGAUUACCAAGACUCAGAGGGAGCCAAUGGGGAAGAUUGUGGCAUCACUGGCAACUCAGCUCGAGACAAAGAACCAAUACUUGCAGGAUCUGGAGACAAAGAAGAAUGCAACAGAAUUCUCCAUUGCAAGGCUUGAGCAAGAUAAUAGGAGGUUGCAUGAGGCAUAUAAUGAAGAAAUGCGCAAGCUGCAUCGCAAGGCUCGUGACAAUGCUCUGAGGAUUUUCCAGGACAAUGAAAAUUUGAAGCUUGAAAUAGAAAAUAGCAAGAGAGAAAUGACUUUGCGUGCUAAGAAGCUGGAGAAAUUGUCAGCUGAGAAUGCCAACGACAGGAAAAAACUUGCAGAACUUUCUGAUGAGAAACAAAAGGCAAAAGACGAUAAAAGUGAACUUGAGCUGGCAAGUAUAGAGCAGCAGAGGAAUGAUUUAGAUAUUUUGAAGCUAGUCGAGGACCAGAAGAGGGAAAAGGAGGAUGCCCUCGCAAGAAUGCUUGAGCUGGAAAAAGAGCUGCAUGAGAAACGGGAACUUGAGCUCGAAGUGACGCGAUUGAAUGGCACACUCCAAGUGAUGAAACAUUUGGAGGGAGAUGAUGAUGGGGAUAUUCAUGACAAGAUGGAGAAGCUUAGUGAAAAGCUGGAGCAUGAAAGGAAACGCCUGGAAGAGCUGAGUGGAGAGCUGGUGAAGAAAGAGCGUGAAAGUAAUGACGAGUUACAGGAGGCCCGGAAAGAACUGAUAGCGGGUUUGGAGGACAUGCUCAGCGGGCGGACAGCUAUUGGUAUCAAAAGGAUGGGCGAACUUGAUGAGAGGCCUUUUCAGAAUGCAUGCAGGCGAAAAUAUGGAAAUAAUGAUUACGAGACGAGCGCAGCAGAGCUGGUCUCGAGUUGGCAGGAGGAAAUAAAGAAGCCAACCUGGCAGCCUUAUAAGUUUGUUAAGGCUGAAGACGGAACUGACAAGGAAGUUGUAAAUGAUGAGGACCCAAGACUGAAGCAAUUGUGGAUCGAAUACGGUGACGAUGUGUGCAAUGCAGUGAAGACCGCUCUGAGCGAAGUAAACGAGUACAAUGCGAGCGGAAGGUAUGUGGUGUCAGAGCUGUGGAAUUUCAGGAAAAAUCGUAAGGCGACAAUGAAAGAGGUGCUGAGGUUCAUCUUCCAGCAGAUGGAGGUGCCUGGCAAGCGCAGGAGGGGAUGAGCCCUGGGUCGUUUUAUUAGCUCUAGUAGGGUGUAUGCCUGCUGGUGGUGCCAUUGUAGGAGUCCUGACAUGGGAGUUGUAUUAUCUGCAUGACAUUCUCUUCGCUGUUUGUUCCAAAACUGACAUGAUCAGUAAACUCAAUAAUAAGCCCUUGGGAUUUGGCUGCUA